UACAAAAGAGUUGUUUCUAUCCCUAUAACGCAGGCCAGCCUGGCCUUGGAAGAGGCGGAGUUUAGGACCCUGCGUCCCGGCCUGUACAAUAGGACUGUUGUGUGGCGGUGGAAAGAAGGCUGCAGCUUUUCCUCGUAUUGACAUUGUGUUACUGAACACAUCUGUAAUUAUACACAUUUAUUCACACAAUUGUGGACUCCAUAGGCGAGGGGAAGUACCGUGAGGUGUGAGUGAGUUACUUGGAGCUGGUUUGUGUGUAAGGAUGAGAUUUGGAUGCCGGACGCAGGCUGAGAGAACACGUUAGCUCGCACGAAGGCUUAAACUUUAUGGAUACAUCAGGAUGAAACGGCUCAGGACUUCAAGCAGUAGUGACAGCUCCGACAAUGAGAGUCCCUCCACGUCCUUUUCCAAGAAUAACUAUGGCAGUAAACCGGGGACUCCCGCCUCAGCUCAGAAGAAGCCAGCAGAGGUGUUCAGAAAAGACUUGAUCAGUGCGAUGAAGCUGCCGGACUCUCACCACAUCUCCCCUGAUGAUUAUUACCUGCUGGCUGAUACGUGGAGGCAGGAGUGGGAGAAAGGAGUGCAGGUCCUGGCCAGUCCUGAUACCAUUCCUCAACCAUCUGUCAGGAUCAUGACAGAGAGGCCAAAGGAGAUUCUGUUCUCCAGGCCGAGGAAAAACAUUCAGUGCUGGAGUCAGGACUGCACAGAGAUGGGCUACGUCAACAUUAAGGAGCUGGCCGAAGCCAUGUGCAGGUACGACCUGGAUGACACAGACCUGUACUGGCUACAACACCUCAACAUGGAGCUGCUGCACAUGGGAGAAGGGAUGGUGGACGAGUUGACCAUGGAGAGAACAAUGGAGGCUCUUGAAAGAAAGUGCCAUGACAACAUGAACCACGCCAUUGAGACAGAGGAAGGGCUGGGCAUCGAGUACGACGAGGACGUCAUCUGUGAUGUGUGUCGAUCACCCGACAGCGAGGAAGGAAACGACAUGGUCUUCUGUGACAAGUGCAAUAUUUGUGUUCAUCAGGCUUGUUACGGCAUAGUGAAAGUUCCAGACGGAAACUGGCUGUGCAGGACCUGUGUCCUCGGCAUCAACCCACAGUGUAUACUGUGUCCCAACAAAGGAGGAGCGAUGAAGGCCACACGAGCGGGAACGAAGUGGGCUCACGUCAGUUGUGCUCUCUGGAUACCUGAGGUGAGCAUCGCAUGUCCAGAGAGGAUGGAGCCCAUCACUAAACUGUCUCACAUUCCACCCAGUCGCUGGUCUCUUAUAUGCAGCCUCUGCAAGAUUAAAACCGGAGCCUGCAUCCAGGUAAGACGUAAGGAGAACCCAGACAGAGAAGGGAUGGUGGACGAGUUGACCAUGGAGAGAACAAUGGAGGCUCUUGAAAGAAAGUGCCAUGACAACAUGAACCACGCCAUUGAGACAGAGGAAGGGCUGGGCAUCGAGUACGACGAGGACGUCAUCUGUGAUGUGUGUCGAUCACCCGACAGCGAGGAAGGAAACGACAUGGUCUUCUGUGACAAGUGCAAUAUUUGUGUUCAUCAGGCUUGUUACGGCAUAGUGAAAGUUCCAGACGGAAACUGGCUGUGCAGGACCUGUGUCCUCGGCAUCAACCCACAGUGUAUACUGUGUCCCAACAAAGGAGGAGCGAUGAAGGCCACACGAGCGGGAACGAAGUGGGCUCACACAAAUAUCCUCUACCAGUACUGGAAGCUAAAAAGAAAGAACAGUUUUAAUAAAGCCCUUCUGCCACCUAAAGAGGAAGAGGAGAACCUGCUGAGGCAGCCGCAGGAGGACAGCAUACACACACGCAUGCGCAUGUUCAUGCACCUCCGCCAAGACCUGGAGAGGGUGAGAAAUCUGUGCUACAUGGUGAGUCGGAGAGAGAAGCUGAAACUGUCUCAGAGUAAAGUCCAGGAGCAGAUCUUCAACCUUCACGUCAAACUCAUGAAUCAAGAACAAGCUGCAGAGCUACCAGUGUCGUCCAACAUGGAGAACCUGAUCUUCCCGUCUCCUCCCAGGAUAACCAUCAAACUGAAAAUCAAAAGCAAAACCAGCAGCAAGUCGGGAAACGGGCCACUGUGUCCGGAUAACAGCAGCAACGUGUAUGACGUGAGUGGGGCCGGGAUGGGGCAGGGCAAACCUCCGCUCCAGCACAGCCGAGCACCCAGGGACGAGAGAACUAACGGCAUCGUCCCCAUCGCCAAGCCGACAGGGAAGCCUCUGGCACUGCACGCCGCCCUGCACGCCCACGCGGCCAAGCCCGAGCAGGACCGACCGCACCAGCAUUCGCUAAAGCCCAAAGGCAUCAUGGAGAAGCCCGCAGUUCAGAGAACUGUCUCGUGCCUCACGACUCCACCUGAACCGGGAUCAGGUGACAAGCAUUCUGGGAAAGGUCAGCCCGGCGCGUUACAUAAAUCCACCAUGGAGCACUUCAGCAGAACCCUGAAAGAAGCCACCGUCAGCCUGGUACGAACUACUGCGGAUCUCUGGAGCGCGAACAAGAACCACCAGAAAAACAAAGAGCGGACAAACUGUGGAAAAGCCCCGAGCACCGAACGAGCACCAAAGAGCGUCAGAGGGUACCAAGAAAGCGAUGGGUACUGCCCCGACCUCGAGCUCAGCGACUCAGAACCUGAAGCCAAAGGCAGGCGACAGAGAGAGAGAGAACGGGUGGGGAGAGGGCUGAGCGAGAGGAGUCCGGCUGCUAGUUAUGGGCGUGGAGGUGCUCGAGGGAACGUCGCUGUAGGUUCCAGGACUUCGGUGCAAAGGUGACGAGCCGGCGCAUGCACACACAAUUCUCCUGCCGACUGAUGUAGGUCUGCUGAGGUAAAGCACUGUCGCAUCCCACAGGGGGAACGAUCUCCCGUCACGACGGCCGACAGCCUGGAAAAAGCGGCACAGCAGAUUUUAGAAAGUGGUCUUUUUAUUGUAUUUGAGCUGCCUUAUAAACUACACUGGUGAGAGACCAUGCUGUCUGAGUCUCAGGCGGUCUAGCAGUGUUUCUGUAUAUACUGGUUAAAAAAAAAAGGUUUUGUAGGUUGUGUAUAUAUUAGCUUGUGUGUCAGGAGCGAUGUCGAUUUACAAAUCCUUCAAACAUUCUUAUGGUUAUGCAAAUAAAUAAAAGCAUAAGACUGUCCGAGUCUGAGAACAUGGAUUUGUGUCUCCCUGCCUGCUGUUCAUGUUCGUGUUGGCAUGCUUGGAUGAUCCGCUGUUCCCAACCUUCCUCCAGUGUCUUGUGAGUAGCUUCUGGACACGUACGUGUAUCGGAUGAGAGUCUAUUUAAUUUUUUACAAUGCUAUAUUUUUUACUCUGCAAUCUUUGUAUCACGUGUCUUACAGUAAGAAGAGAUCUGCCAUAGAAGUUAAAACACUGUAUCACUAAUGCUAUGACACUGAUGCCAUGAAGGUGCAGUCAGAGACAUGAUUUUUUUUCUUUAUUACAUUUAUGCGUUCCAUCGUGAGCUGUUCGAGAGCGGCGUGUCCGGUGUUCCGCUCGCUCGACCGUCUUGCGACACCUUCAGGAAACUACUUCAUGAGUACUAAAUUAGAUACUGCACAGAAUCGGUGUUGUCCAUAUGAAGGCCGAAAAGAAUUCUGCACUCGCAGAUUUCUCACGUUUCUUUUCACGCUGAUGACUCGUUCGUUAAGGAGUCGACUCGGUUCUUUUAUUUCUUAUUCUUAAAUCCUUGAGAAUUUUCAAACAAAUUUGACAGUACUUUCCUUUUUUUUUUUUGUUGACCUAGCCAAUAUUUUCAGCCAAAAGAGUAGACUCUGAUUAAUAAGCUGAGCCAAAUGAUUCACUGACUCUUUUAAUAAGUCUUUGAAAUGUCAAUCGAAAAUCAGUGUCAAAUGAUGUUAUAUGACGACUCUUUUAGUGAGUUGAUUUAUAUGAUUCACUGACUCACUAAAAAGAGAUUUAAUUCCCAUCCCUCAACCUGUACAUCUUAUGCCAUCAUUUAUUUAACAAAACGUAUUAAAUAUCACCGGAUGUCCGCUUUAAACACACGGCGAGUCAUUUGCGAAUUAAAGGAGUCGACACAUCUAUGAUCUGAACCAUAUGAUUCACUAAAAAGAACCAGAAAUCACUACACAUCUGGCCACCGCUGGGCAUUUCUAUAACUUUGAUUCAGUCGACUUCCUUUUUUAGUGCUGCCUUUGCCUCAUUUGCAUAAAGCUCAGUUUUGCCAGUCGUGUUCCCAUCAUGCACUGCAGAUCACUCGGCUGAACAGGAAGUUGUGAGUGCACACGAACCAUUAAAUCGCCAAACCCUGAAAUGCUGCAAAGCACAUUGCUUUUAAUAUGUUUGCAUAUUAAGGUGGAGGAAGACUGCCAUGAGCUGGGAGACUAACGUGUGUGUGUGUGUGUGUGUGUGUGUGUGUGUGUGUGUGUGUACACUAGACUAGUAAGCCUACCAAAGGAAGUGUUGUACACACAAUAAUAACAAUCACACAAUUGCACAAAUCACCCUGAAUAAAUCGAAAUCAUUUUUGAAAGGAGAAUUCAAUCGUAUUUGAUUUUUUUUUUUUCACGGCCCGAUUCGUGCAGCUCUGUGUGACGUGACCUGAUCCUCAGUGUUACUUUUCUGUGGCUUGUAUUGAGGUCUUAAUGAUGGUCCUUUAGUUCUUCCUUGAAAACCCCCAAGCGGCAGCAUUGUGUACUGUGUGCUCCUACAGGCAAUAGAUAACACUGUAACAGGUUGCAUGAACUUCACUUUUGGAUACCGAUAUUGUCCUUUUUUAUUAUUUCUUACCUGAUGCUAUAUAUUGAAAUGGACCUUCUUUUUUUUUUUUUUUAAGACAAAACCUCUUGCAAUAAACUGAAAUGCAAACUG